AUGGUUAGAGAACACAGCAUCUCACGUGAAUUAGCUGUUGUGCGAGACAUUUCCUCAUUUAUGCUAUUUUUUUUUCCCGUUCUUGGAUAUAUAUUUGCCUUCUGUCUGAGCCAUAACUCAGCAUUCACUGGUUCUCUUGAAAACCUCGUGGCAGAAAGACCCUCAACAUCUACAGGCUACCUCCCUUCCAUCACAGAGUUAAAAGUGGGGUUUAGGGAGACCAGUCGCAGCCACGCUGUCCCAAGUAUCGCUAAAUCAGAUCAAGUACAAAAGUGGAGAUAUCGCAGACCAGUAAGCUUUAUGUUACCUCGAAUUCCUCCUUGGUUCUCUUAUGUUGGUAGUCAGAAGCUCUACGAGAUACUCGCUGGAAUCCUUAGACUUGUCGGCUUAUCCUUAUUGGCAGGAUCUCAAAAUGAUGGGAGCUUAGCAGCCAUUCUGGAUAUUCCUCUGGGAUGUUUUCGAGGUGUUCGUGUAAAGGAGUAUAGUGGUGAAAGACUGGUAGGGCAUCUGGUUGUAUCAAAUGCAGAUUAUGUUGUUGACUCUAUUUUUCGCCAGCUGCGCCACCUGGAUCUUAAUCCUCAUGUCCCAAGUGUUCUUGCUUCUAUGCUUUCUUAUAUUGGAGUUACUCAUGAAAUAUUGCAUUUCUUGGAGGAACCGAUGCGUUUGGUUUCUCAAGAACUAGAGAUUGUUAGUAGACAACAACAUCCAAAUCUAACUCUACCCUUCUUGAAGGCUGUUGCUGUGAUUGUAAAAGCAUCAAAGAAGGAGGCUUGUCUAUUACGAGACCGGGCCAAGUCAUAUAGUGACGAGGUUAAGACCAAAGGCAUCUGAAUCUGAUGCCAUAAUAUCGGCUCAACAGAGAGGUUCAGACGCUGAGAACAAUUUAACGAGGAAGAAUGGGAAAACAUACUGCUUGAACUGAAUCGUUCUAAAAGAUACAGACGCACAGUUGGGUCGAUCGCCUCUUCAUGUUUAAUUGCAGCCACACCUCUCCUUGCAUCAUCAAAUCAAGUUUCAUGCUUAGUUUCUCUCGAUAUAAUCGAGGAAGGAGUAGUCGUUGGGAUAGCGUGCAGCGGCGUAAAAGGGUUAAGAGAAGCUGCUUUGAACGCGUUGAGAGGUUUGGCUUGCGUUGAUCCUGACCUCAUUUGGAUACUCUUAGCCGAUGUGUACUAUUCUCUCAAGAAGAAGAAGAAGAAGAAGAAGAAGAGGUCUCUGCCUCUUCCACCGUCAACAGAGUUUCCAGAGAUAUCAAUGGUUUUGCCUUCACCGCGAGAAGAUUCUCCGGGGAGGUUUCUAUACGUUAAGUACGGUGGUGGUCGGAGCUAUGGUUUUGAGUUGGAGUUUAGCUCCGUUGAGACUAUCUUCAAGCAAGUGCAGUCUCUUGUCUUUGUAGACCAAAUGUUUUGUUAAUAAACCAGCUUGUAAAUACGAAAAGGGUGUUACAUUCUAUUGGGUAAAAAAAUGGGGAAAUAUGAGAAAAAUAAAAUAGUACGGGGUUUUAAAUGAAA